UCCGCUUUAGAAAGCAUAUGCAUCUUAACCAAAAUUGGUGAAAUUAAAAAAAAAAGAAUUCGGUCGUGUUCAGUCAGGGAGAUGAACAGAAACAGGAAAAAGGAAGGGUUUUUCGUACGAACAUUUUUGAUAAUGAAGGAGAUUGACCACCGGCAAUUUUUUAUAUACACGCGAAUGACGCCACAAGUAUACGAAGUUUUGCUAACUCUUGUUAAGCCGUUCCUUAAAAAGUAUUCGCUGAGGGAGCCUGUGCAACCGGAAUGUCGAUUGGCCUUGACAUUGCAAUAUUUAUCACAAGGAGACUCCUUCCAAUCGUUGGCGUGGUCAUUUCAACUAGGCAAGGAAACUGUUCGACGCAUUAUUCUCGAAACAACUGAAGUGCUUUGGAGCAAGUUGGGCAAUAUUUAUGUGUCUGAGCCAAACGAAGAAGAUUACAAGCAAAUUGCUCAAGAUUACUGGGAGUUGUGGAAUAUGCCCAACUGCGUUGGAUCAAUUGAUGGAAAACAUAUCGCCAUUCAAUGUCCACCUAAUAGCGGUAGUCAAUUUUUCUGCUACAAAAAAUUUUUUUCUAUUGUGCUAGCGAUUCAAGUGGUGACUUCCAUGACGGAUUAUGGCGUAGUGAAGUUGCAAGUAACAUCCCAUCGAUUGCACAAUCAUCAAAUUCGCACCAUUAUGGCGGAAGAAGUUCUAUAG